AUGGGUCAAGGUCCUUCAGGUUUAGGUGGCAAUUUUGAUGACAAAAAGAAAGACAAAAAAGAUAAGCCAAAGUAUGAACCUCCGGUGCAACAUCAGAAAUUUGGAAGAAAGAAGAGAAAGGGUCCAGAGACAUCGUCGAAACUUCCAACUGUUUAUCCAACUACCAGAUGUAAGUUGAAGUUAUUGAAAAUGGAAAGAAUCAAGGAUCAUUUAUUGAUAGAGCAAGAAUUCGUGACAAAUCAAGAAAAUUUCACUCCAACUGAACAGAGACAAGCUGAAGAACGAGAAAAAAUCGAAGAUUUGCGCGGAUCUCCUCUAAGCAUUGGUUCAUUAGAAGAAAUCAUUGAUGACGAUCAUGCUAUUGUCAGUUUAAGUACUGGUCCAGAAUACUAUGUUUCCAUCUUGUCCUUUGUCGACAAAGGUUUGUUGGAGCCUGGUUGCUCGGUGCUUUUACACCAUAAGUCUGUCUCAAUCGUUGGGGUAUUACAAGAUGAUGCCGAUCCAUCAGUCAGUGUCAUGAAGUUAGACAAAUCUCCUACAGAAUCAUAUAGUGACAUUGGUGGUCUUGAGUCACAAAUUCAAGAAAUCAAGGAAGCGGUAGAAUUACCGUUGACCCAUCCUGAAUUAUACGAAGAAAUGGGUAUCAAGCCUCCAAAGGGAGUUAUAUUAUAUGGGGCUCCAGGUACAGGGAAGACCUUAUUAGCAAAAGCAGUGGCAAACCAAACGUCCGCUACCUUCCUCAGAAUCGUUGGUUCAGAGUUGAUCCAGAAAUAUUUGGGUGAUGGUCCAAGAUUGUGUAGACAAAUAUUCAAGACUGCUGCUGAACAUGCGCCAUCUAUUGUAUUCAUUGAUGAAAUUGAUGCUAUUGGUACUAAGCGUUACGAAUCCACUUCUGGUGGUGAAAGAGAAGUUCAAAGAACCAUGUUGGAAUUGUUGAACCAAUUGGAUGGUUUUGAUGAUAGAGGGGAUGUCAAAGUUAUCAUGGCAACUAAUAAGAUUGAGAGCUUGGAUCCAGCCUUGAUUAGACCGGGUAGAAUUGAUAGAAAAAUUUUAUUUGAGAAUCCAGAUCCACAAACCAAACAAAAGAUUUUGAAUAUUCACACCAGUAAAAUGUCAUUGGCGGAAGAUGUCAAUUUAGACGUCUUGGUUGGUUCUAAAGAUGACUUGAGUGGUGCUGAUAUUAAGGCUAUGUGUACUGAGGCGGGUUUGUUGGCUCUUAGAGAAAGAAGAAUGCAUGUCAUUCAAGACGAUUUUGUCAAGGCUAAGGAAAGAGUCUUGAAGAACAAGGUGGAAGAAAACUUGGAAGGCCUCUAUUUAUAG